CUGAGCUCUUGAAGGGCAUCAGAUGAGAGCAGGAGAGGUAUAGACAAGGAGCUCACUGAGCCCAGUCUGCUUCUCUCCCAUUGCCCCCGACAUCUCUGAGAUACACCCCGCUCUCCCGAGCAUGGAAAGCAAAUUAAACUCAUCAUCUAAUAGCAGGGAUGAAGGCAAUAACGUUUUCCAGGGGAAAGCUGAGAAAAGUCUGACUGCCAGCAGUUCCAGUGUGAAAGAUCAUGGAAACUCAGUGUGCUUCAAAGGGGAUGGCGAGGAUCCUGUGGUUGGCUUUGAAGAUGGAGAGGGGGGCACCAGGCAGUAUGGAUUCAUGCAGAGGCAAUUCAGCUCCUUGCUGCAGCCUGGAGUCAAUAAAUUCUCCCUUCGAAUGUUUGGAAGUCAAAAGGCAGUGGAAAAAGAGCAAGAAAGGGUUAAAACUGCAGGCGUUUGGAUCAUACAUCCCUAUAGUGAUUUCAGGUUUUAUUGGGACCUGAUAAUGCUCAUUAUGAUGGUCGGAAAUCUUGUCAUAAUUCCGGUCGGAAUAACCUUCUUCACAGAACAAACAACAACGCCGUGGAUUAUCUUCAACGUUGCGUCUGACACUGUUUUUUUAUUUGACUUAUUCAUGAAUUUUAGAACUGGGAUUGUCAUUGAAGACAAUUCUGAAAUAAUACUAGAUCCAAAAGUCAUAAAAAUGAGUUAUUUGAAGAGCUGGUUCGUAGUUGACUUUAUCUCAUCGAUUCCAGUGGAUUAUAUCUUUCUCAUUGUAGAGAAAGGGAUGGAUUCAGAAGUAUACAAGACUGCGCGAGCUCUACGCAUCGUGAGAUUUACAAAAAUCCUCAGUUUACUGCGUCUCCUAAGACUUUCAAGAUUAAUUCGAUACAUUCAUCAGUGGGAAGAGAUUUUUCACAUGACCUAUGACCUGGCCAGUGCUGUUGUCAGAAUAUUUAAUCUCAUUGGGAUGAUGCUGCUUCUCUGCCACUGGGAUGGCUGUCUUCAGUUUCUGGUCCCUCUCCUUCAGGAAUUCCCCCAAGAUUGUUGGGUAUCCUUAAACAACAUGGUUAAUGACUCCUGGGGAAAACAGUAUUCGUAUGCACUGUUCAAAGCCAUGAGCCAUAUGCUUUGCAUUGGCUACGGGGCUCGCGCGCCAGUCAGCAUGUCCGAUUUAUGGAUAACAAUGUUGAGUAUGAUCGUGGGUGCCACAUGCUACGCCAUGUUCGUUGGUCAUGCAACAGCCUUAAUCCAGUCUUUAGAUUCCUCACGUCGACAAUAUCAAGAAAAGUACAAGCAAGUAGAACAAUACAUGUCAUUUCACAAAUUGCCUUCUGACAUGAGACAGAAGAUACAUGACUAUUAUGAGCACCGAUAUCAAGGGAAGAUAUUUGAUGAGGACAACAUUCUGAAUGAGCUCAAUGAUCCAUUGAGAGAGGAAAUAGUGAACUUCAACUGUCGAAAACUUGUUGCUACAAUGCCCCUGUUUGCAAAUGCAGACCCCAAUUUUGUCACAGCCAUGUUAAGCAAAUUGAAGUUUGAAGUAUUUCAACCCGGAGAUUACAUAAUCCGUGAAGGAGCUGUGGGAAAAAAGAUGUAUUUUAUUCAACAUGGUGUUGCGGGCGUCAUAACGAAAUCCAGCAGAGAAAUGAAAUUAACCGAUGGAUCUUAUUUUGGAGAAAUCUGUCUUCUAACAAAAGGCCGCCGAACUGCAAGUGUCAGAGCGGAGACAUAUUGCCGUCUGUAUUCCCUUUCGGUGGAGAAUUUUAAUGAAGUACUGGAAGAGUAUCCAAUGAUGAGAAGGGCCUUUGAGACUGUGGCCAUUGAUAGACUAGACAGGAUAGGGAAGAAGAACUCAAUUCUUCAGCAAAGAUUUCAAAAGGACCUCAACACGGGAAUUUUCAACAAUCAGGAGAGCGAGAUACUGAAGCAGAUUGUGAAACAAGAUCGGGAGAUGGUGGAAGGGGUUCCUUCAGUUAGCUAUCAACAAAUACCAGCUCUUAAUUCUAGUACCACUUCAUCAUUAAGAAUGAGGACUCAAUCCCCACCUGUUUAUACUGCAAACAGCCUAUCUCAUGGAAAUCUCCAGUCUCCAACACCAAGCCCACAGACACCACAACAGGCUGCUAUGUUUUCACCUUCAUCUUUUACUGCCGUAGCCUGUAGUCCUUCUGUACAGAGUCCACUGGCAUGUCGGACAUUUCAGUAUAGCUCUCCUACUGCUUCACAGCUUUCAUUGAUACAGCAACAACAGCAGCAAACACCUGGAUCAACACCAAGUAAUGAAGUUCUUAAGAGUGCUCAAGCACUUCCGAACUCUAACCUAACACGAGAAGUGAGGCCUCUUUCAGCUUCACAGCCUUCUUUGCCCCAUGAGAUUUCCACUAUAGUGGCUAAACCACAUCCAACUGUUGGGGAAUCUUUGGCAUCCCUUCCACAGCCCAUAUCAAAUGUACAAGGUACAGGUACUCAGUCUGGAAACCGAAGCAAUGUCCCUCCAAGGGUUGCGCUCUUUCGCCAGAUGUCUUCAGGAGCGCUACCUCCUUCAAGAGCUGGAACACCAACACAACCCCAAACAGCGCUAGCUCCGAGCAAGGAUUCAUCCCCCGCCACCACAGCAACGACAGACACAGAUACAGAAAAACCACGAUAUACUUCAAAUUUAUGAUGCCUAUUAUGUGUAAACUCUGCCAGCACUAUAACAAACUUUAAAACUAUCUCAAAAACUGGUCCAACAUAUAGAUUCAUAGUACCUAAAAUGGAGACAUAUUUUAGAUGGCUUUACCAUGCAUAAAGAA